CUUUAAACAUAUGCAGAUCUUUUCAAUGUCUGGUUGAAUGGAAAACGGCCAUGGUCAAUGUGCUGCGAUACUCCAUUUUUGGUUGAAGCAUAUGAAGAAAACUUGGUUUCAUUCAGAUCUGUAGUUGGAAAAGGGAAGACCUCCCUUGCAAAGGUCUCGUGGGUUCCCACAUUGAAGGACCCCACACUGAAACCCCUAGACUAGUGCGUUCAGGGAGCUGCAGACAUUUGGCACCACCAGAGCAUAAAGCACCAGGUGCAAAGAGAGAACGCACAACCUCACGGGCCUCAGUGAACAGCUAACCUGCCACAUAGACGGCUUGUGCUUAGACAGAGAAACGUAAGGGGGUGGAACAAAACUGAGACGUUGCAGUGAUGUAAAACGCUUCCCAAGCUCGGCCCUUCCUCCUCACAUCUGUCAUUGUACCUGGGUUUAGGCAUCUAUGUUCGAAGUUCCUGAUUUAAGGAAGUCAUUUCCAUCAGUAGACCAGGAGCUUGGGGCAGACAGCUGUGCAUGCCAGGUGGCUUCCAGUGCUGAACUAAAUCGAGAUCAUCUAACUCCUUUAUUCAACAGACAUUUGAUAAGUUCCCACUACAUGCUGGGCUCUGUGUUACAAGGGAAAAAAAGACUAGAGUCCUUACUCCUGAAAAGCUCACGCUCCAGCCAGGAAGAGAGAAACAUGUAAUAGACAAUCUAAUACAGCAUGAUAAAGCUACAACAGCAGUGUCUACAAAGUGACACAGGCUAAAGAGAAGACAGCUAUUAUUCUGCCCGAGGUGUAAUAGGGUAGGCUCUACGAGACAGACACCAUUUCAGCUGGGUCAUGAAGGAUGAGUAGGAGUUUACCAGGACAGAAGUGGGAAGGAUGAUGGGGAAGAAAAAGCAGAAAGGUAAAGAAACCAGAAUGAUGACAGGUGUAGGUAUGACAAAGCACUGCAUGUAGCAGAGUGUGGCUGAAAUUAAGGGAUCACGUCAGGAGAGUUCCAAAGACCAGAAAUGGCCUAACAGGUCUUUAGAAUUAUGAGGUUUAAACUUUUUCUGUUUAACAGGGUAUUUCAAACCUAAAUAAUGUAUGGACUCCAUUUUAGAGGAAAAACACAGAUAUCUCAGAUCCAUGAGAUUUUGUAUUACACCCGGUUUGAGAAACACUGCUAUAGAGGAUAAGCAGGGUAGCAACGGAACUAUGCUUCAUGUGGGUUUAAAGUCCUACAAUGUCUGGCCCAUCCUUAGAAGGAACUCAAUUUAUAGCUCUGGAACUGAAUGGAAAGUGAAUGAUGAGAUCUGCUUUAAAAGGUUCUCUGAUAACAAUGAGGACCCUAGCUCUGGGGCGUAGGGGUGGGGGGUGAAACUCUUAUAUCUCAGGUAAGACACAAUCGGAGCGUGAAUGACAGCAAGCCGGGUGGGAAUGGGAAGGGGAGUUAAGAGACAGGUAGACCAAGAGGGGCAGUUUCACUCCAUACUCCAGCAGAGGUUCCUCCGCUGUGGUUUUCUCUCUCCCUUCUUCCCAUCCCUCCCACUACUCACCCUUCUCUUCCUCCUCCCUACCAACGCCCCAGCUUCCUGUUUUUAAGAAAAAUGGUCUCAUACUUUUCAGUUAAUAGCUUUUGCUUCCCUCAAAACAAGACAAUUCAACCUUCUACCUCCCACGGAAGCCUCAACUUCAAAGAAAGGACAGCCCCAGUUUGUGAUACUUGGGGAAAAAAACUGGGAGAAUGUGGUCAGAAUAGGAACUCUGGCAUUCGGCCCAGGUCAGGCGUUUAUUUUUCCCAUUUGGCAUCCUUGAUAUGAAUCUCGAAUUUCACAUGCAGAAAAGCUCAGUGCAAACUGUCAGAACCGCCAGGAUCGGCUCCCACCAUCGCCUCCACCUCCAAGCUGACUCUGGGCCUUUUGGAUGCAAUAGACCCCAGGGCACUACUGAGACUCCAACCUUCUGAACAGAAACGGUUCGGGCGGGAGAGAAAGUGAGCUCUCAGCACUGGGCAAUACAAAAACAGGAGCAGGACACAAGUGGGUUUUUAAGUUCCGCAAAGUGGAAAUGAGAUCUUGAGAUGACAAUGCAGCAGGGGAUUGGCUGCAAGUCCUAAGCCACCUCUGCUAGAACAGAAACGAGCUGUGUGGGUCGGCUGUGUGGUGAGCUAGCUGCUUGUGCUUCUGGAGAACAAACAGAUCAGAGGCAGGGGAAAGCCACGCAGAAGCAGGAGCUGAAGCCCUCAGACCGGCACCAGGGACAGCUUAAUGAAGACAAACUGAAGGGCAAACUGAGAUCCUUAGAAAACCAGCUAUUCACCUGUACCCAGAAAUAUUCCCCUUGGGGAAUGAAAAAGGUGCUAAUGGAGAUGGAAGAUCAGAAAAACAGCUAUGAACAGAAGGCCAAGGAGUCACUGCAGAAAGUGCUGGAGGAGAAAAUGAGCGCAGAGCAGCAGCUGCAGAGCACGCAGAGGUCCCUGGCUCUGGCUGAGCAGAAGUGUGAAGAGUGGAGGAGCCAGUACGAGGCGCUGAAGGAGGACUGGAGGACCCUGGGGACCCAGCACCAAGAGCUGGAAAGCCAACUCCACGUGCUUCAGUCCAAACUACAGGGAGCAGACAGUAGAGACCUUCAGAUGAACCAGGCUCUUCGACUUUUGGAGAACGAGCACCAGGAACUGCAGGCCAAGAUUGAACACCUGCAGGGGGACAGAGACCUGUGUGGCUCAGAUACCCAGCACUUACAAGAUCAGCUAAAGAGGUCAGAGGAGGAGAAACUCACCCUGGAGACCAAAGUACAGCAGUUGCAGAGUCUGCUUCAGAAUCAAUCCUUACAGCUUCAAGAACAGGAGAAACUCUUAACAAAGAAAGGUCAGCAAAUUUACUUCCACAAAUUCUAAGAUACUGCUCUUUCCUUGCCCACCUAGAGGCAGGGGGAUGGACUACAUGACCUAUUAGGAGUCUGGUAGGUCAGGGAUCUAGGGAAGCAUUUCAAGGACUGGUCACUGGCUCUGAGAACACGUCAACUAGUUAGCCUCCUAUCCUGAGAGGUAUAUAAACUGUGAAAAGGAUUUUUACUCCCCCUUUAAACAUGUCUGUGUUGAACAUUUCAAUAAAUUGAUUUUGAACUCAGGA